GAAAACAGAGGAGAAACAACGACAUGGAGAACUACAAGCCGGAAAUGGCCAUGGCUGCCCUGCAGUUCUCUUACGCCGUCGUUUCUCUCGCCGGCAGGGCGGCCCUUUUGGAGGGUUUGAGCCCCAGAGUGUUCGUCGUCUACAGGCAGGCCAUUGCCGCUCUCACCGUUUCUCCCAUGGCUUAUUUCUCCAGCAGGAGGAAAGUUGCAGGCGGUGACGGCAGGGAUUCGAUUGGGUUCAGAAGCUUUUCCUUGAUAUUCCUCGCCGCUCUCAUAGGGGUGACAAUCAACCAGAACCUCUAUUUCGAAGGCAUCUACUUGGCAUCCUCUUCAAUGGGGAGUGCAACAGGGAACCUAGUCCCUGGCCUCACCUUUGUCAUGGCAACCAUUUUCGGAUUAGAGAAGGUUAACAUCAGGAGCCUGAGAAGCAUGGCCAAAAUUGUGGGAACAAUCAUGUGUGUUGCUGGAGCUGUGAUAAUGGCUCUAGUAAAAGGCCCAAAGCUCUUUGUCACCAACCCUUCAGCAGGGGGUGAGAAUUGGCUUCUGGGUUGUUGUUUCCUCUUUGCUAGUGCUAGUUGUUGGUCCAUUUGGCUCAUCUUGCAGGUUCCGGUCAUGUCCAGCUACCCCGAUCCACUAGGAGUAUCGGCUUGGAUGUGCCUCAUCGGAGCUUUACAAUCAGGGUUCGUGACGAUUUUUCUGGAGCCAGAAUUGGAAGCGUGGAAGAUAACAUCGUAUCUCCAGCUCUUUUCUUGUCUGUUCACGGGUAUCGUUGGAUCAGGGAUCGCCUUCUUCGUUCAGGCGUGGUGUAUUGCGGAGAGAGGUCCGUUGUUCUCUGCACUGUUCAACCCUCUGUGCACGGUUAUAGUCACCGUGUUGGCCUCGUUCCUACUAGACGAGAAGAUUUAUGUUGGGAGCCUAUUAGGUGGAAUUGGGGUGAUUAUUGGACUCUAUGUGGUGCUAUGGGGGAAAUCCAAGGAUUAUGUGAAGGUAAGUAGUAAUCAUGAAGGAGAAAUAAUUGAUGAUCCCAAAUCGGCCAAUGAUCAAACCCAAGUGGUGAAAAUCCAGCUAGAUCAAGAAUGUGGAGGUGGAAUUAGGUGUAAAAUUAAUGACCUAGAGGAACCAUUUUUGUGUACCAAGAUGAAGAAUGACAUUGGAGAGGACAAUAGUUACGGUGACUCCACAUGAAGAACCUUGAGUAACAUUUGUGUGAGGUGGUAGAACGUAUUUCCUUUGUAUGUUUGCUUCAUAUUUCAGGUUUGUAAUCUAAAUUUGUUUAUUAGAUUGAGUUGUAAAAUAUAUAAAAACUCUUCCAAUAAAUAAAAAGACAUAAUAGUAUAUCGGUCUCUGAUAUGAUUUGGUAAAAUAUCUGUAAUAAGUAUACACCCUCUCUGUAUGUAUGAC